GACAUUUGUUUUUUCACUUCACUGAACUUGUCAAAACUCAAACGUCCUUGGUCCUUCUCAAAUUUCAUUUUGAUUAGCAAAAACUUUUAAUAAAAUAAUUCUUUUCUUUUCUGGAAUUUGAAAUUGAAUAAAUUUACACAACAAUCUUCUUGAACAUUCACCAUCCACAAUGGGUAAUAAAUCAUCAUUGCUUCUUCGUCCCGAAGAAAUUGCACAAAUUCACGAUGACACUGGUUUUACACCAAAUCAAAUAGAACGUUUGUAUUCACGUUUUACGGCAUUGGACCGUGGUGACUGUGGUACACUUUCCCGUGAAGAUUUUCUUCGGAUACCGGAACUGGCGAUCAAUCCUCUUUGCGAACGAAUUGUUCACGCUUUCUUUGCCGAUAGCACAGAUGACAGAGUGAAUUUCCGACAGUUUAUGCAAGUUCUAGCACAUUUUAGACCAAUCAAUCAGAAGAAAGAGAACAAACUAAACAGCCGUGAAGAGAAGCUAAAAUUUGCCUUCAAAAUGUACGACUUGGAUGAUGAUGGUGUGAUAAGUCGUGACGAACUUUUAAAUAUCCUUCAUAUGAUGGUCGGUGCCAAUAUAAGUCAAGAACAGCUUAUUAGCAUCGCUGAACGCACAAUUCUGGAAGCUGAUAUGUGUUGCCAAGGAAAAAUUUCAUUUGAAGAUUUUUGCAAAGCACUCGAGAGGACAGAUGUUGAACAGAAAAUGUCCAUUCGAUUCCUUAACUAAUUUUUUUAUACCUUCCUGAAAAGAAGUAGCUAGUUCAAAGUAUUAUUUAAAUAUUAUGUUUUUAUGUCAAAAGUGUGAACACAGAAAAUAUGUUUGUAUUUUUUUUUUUUCUAUUUUCAUUCAUUUGUUUGGAAGUGGUAUUAAAUUUAAAAAAAAAAAUGAAAAGUAAUAGUGCUUAGUGGACAUGUACUUUAAACAAAUUAAUUUUUCAAUAAAAUUGUUGAAUUAUUUAUGCACAAGCUA